AAACGCUGCCUCUCCCCCCGUUUCCUCGAAACACCGCCGGGCUUUCCGGUCCAUCGAUCUGAAGCGAAUAGGGUUUCCACCGCCGCCGGCGAUGGGCGCCCUCACCGACAGCCGGAAGCGCCUCUCCGCCGACCACCGCCACCCGCUCCCCUCCUUCCCCCCGCCCUCCCCUCCCCCUCCCUCCAAGCGGCCCAAGCUCGCGCCCUUCCCCUCGCUCCUAAACACCUCCUCCACCACCCAGCCGCCGCCGCCUCCGCCUCCCCGCGUCCCCGCCGGUGCUGCCGCCUCCACUUCCUCCGCGCCAGGCCCCUCAUCCUCUACCACCGCCCCCUCCCCUCUCCCACACCGGCGCCGCCUCCCGCCUCCGCCGCCGCUCCGGCGCCCGAUCCACGGGCCACAGCGCGUCCUCCGUGCCUUCGGCCUCGGCCCCGCGCGGCCCCACGCCGCCCCCUCUUGGCCCUCCCCGUCCUCACCGCCGCCGACGCCGCCCGGGUCUCUCGGCCUCGAGCAGUACGUCGAGCUCGUUAACAGAGUCUCCCACCCCGCGCCGCCCCCACCCGCCUGCACCACGGAUGUAGCGAGGGAGUCGGAGCCCGCGCCCCUCGAGGUGGUCGCCGUCGAGGAGGAUGGGGAGGAGAGGAAGGGUGAGGAGAAGGAGGAGGAGGGGUGGGCUAGCGUGGUGGUGAGGAAGGUGCCGCUGUACAGGGAGCUUUACGAGGCGUCCAGACGGAAGCGGGACGCCAGGCUCAGGACGCUCGAGUUCGAGGUGCGCCUCGCCGAGGAGGGCCGCCUCGGCCUGGAGAAGCUCGCGGAGGUCCUCCCGCGGAUCACACCAAAGAAAGAGGAGGUGCCUGAACCUUUUGUUCCUCUUACGGAUGAGGAUGGAGACGUCGUUCGUCAUGCUCUUCAUGGCAGGAAUAGACGUGAGAGGUUGGCAGUGCACGAAGCUUCAAAUAUUGUGAUAACAAGGGAGAUCUUGCAGUGUUUGAACGACAAAGAUUGGCUAAAUGACGAGGUUAUCAAUUUGUAUCUUGAUCUGCUAAAAGAGAGGGAACUAAGAGAACCUAGCAAGUUCUUAAAAUGCCAUUUCUUCAACACCUUUUUCUACAAGAAGCUGAGUUCUGGUGGAUACGAUUAUAAAGCUGUUAGAAGAUGGACAACAAAAAGGAAGUUAGGGUACAGUCUAAUUGAGUGUGACAAGAUUUUCGUUCCCAUACACAAGGAAGUCCAUUGGUGUUUAGCAGUCAUCAACAUAAGGGACAAAAAGUUUCAAUAUCUAGAUUCACUUGGCAGCAUGGACAUGAAGGUCUUGAGAAUCUUGGCCAGGUAUCUUGUGGAUGAGGUGAAAGACAAAAAUGGCCAACAGAUUGAUGCCCUUUCGUGGAAGCAGGAAGGUGUCAAAAACCUUCCUUUGCAGGAGAAUGGAUGGGACUGUGGCAUGUUCAUGCUCAAAUACAUAGACUUCUACAGCAGGGAUAUGGACCUUAUUUUUGGCCAGAAGCACAUGCGUUACUUCCGGCGGAGGACUGCUAAGGAAAUAUUGAAUUUGAGGGCUGAGUAAACCAAGAAGAGGCACCAUAGGUCAUUGAGGCCAUGUUACAAUGUUUAUCAAUGGUUAGGGUAUGUACUUUGCAAACGGUGGUGGCAUCCUAAGGUGUAGUUCUGAGUGCAAGAUUUCAAGAGUUCUUCAGUUGCUCAAGGCCACCGUGCAAUGAUCAAGCUACAGAUUGAAGGGCUGGCGACUAUGGCUCCAGAAUUAAUUGCAUGAGCACAAUUGCGGCUGAAAGUUUUUGCCACAGUGAGCCAUUUGGGGACACAAAAGGGUGGAACGAGGUUUUAUGGCUGGCUUUAGAUUGGCAACGAGGCAUUGAGAGAGAGCGAGGUAUGUUUUAACUUGAAUUAUAUAGUUGGGUGGACUUGAGCAGUGUGCUACAUUUGUACGCAUUUUGGCGUCUUGUGAGCUCCUUUGUAGGUAUCAAGCUGACUGUGAGCCAGUGAGCAAUUCGCUGGGCUUAUAUGACCUGCAUCGCUGCAGCGAGAGUUUUUGUGUAGUGCUGGUAGCUCUGCCUUAUGUCUCUAUGAUAUGUAUGUCUCCAUAAUGUUCCUUAUUGUUCCAAUAAAGUGCCUGAAAGUAACAUGUUUGGACUGUUA